AUGGCGGCGGCGCUGGAGAGGGCGCUAGGCUCCGUGACAGCGGGGGAGGCGGGGGCGGCGCCGGUGCCGGUGCUGGUGCUGGGCCCGGCCGGCUCGGGCCGGACCUCGCUGCUGCUGCGGGCGGCGCUGGCGGGCGGCGGCGACGGGCCCCGCGCUCUUUUCUUGGCGCCCAGCGCGCUCCCGCGACUCCCGGGCGGGGACGACGGCGGCGGCAACGACCCGCGGGCGCUGCAGCGGCUGGAGCUCCGGUACCCCCCGAGCCGGGCGGCGCUGGGCCGGGAGCUGGCGGCGGUGGGGGCCCGGCCCCGGCCCCCGGGGCUGCUGCUGUUGGACGGGCUGGAACGGUACCUGGAGGGGGCCCCGGCCGCCUCCGCCCGCCUGGCCGCCCUGCUGCUGGAGGCCGCCCGCGCCCCCGGGUCCCCCCGACCCCCGGCCCAGGUCCUGGCCGCUCUGCGCCUGCCGCCCCCCGGCCCCCAGGUCCUGCCCGUCCUGCGCCGCUACUUCCCGGCCGAGUGUCGCCUGCGCCCCCAACCCGGCGUCCACCCCUGCCUCCGAGCCCGCCUCGUCCGCCCCGGGGCUCCCCCCCGCCGCUGGAGCCUCCACUUCGGGCCCCGGGGGCGGCUCCGGGUGGGCCCCGCUGAGGGGGACAGCGAAGGGGACGAGGACGCCCAGCCCGACGGGGACAGCGAGGGGUAUGAGGACACCCAGCCCGAUGGGGACGAGGCCUGGGGCUGAGCUCGGCUGUCACCUGCCCCCCCCUUCCCCCCCCAGGGUGUGGGGGUGACACGGAGUCCCGGACACAACGGUGACACGGACCCCGACGUCACCCGGACAUCGGACAUUGGGGUGACGCCAACCCCGUGGGUGACGCCGGGCCUGGACCUUGGGGACAUGGACAGUGACACGGACCCCAGCGCCAGGUGCCCCCCCCCGAUAGACCCGCCCGGCACCUGGGGGCCCCCGAUAAGCCUUAUCAGCCCCCCCCAGGCCGGGAGGGACCCAGGCGUCGGGGCGGAGCCAACGCUGCUUUAUUGUAAAAAAAAAAAAAAAAAAAAACGGAAUUAAAAAACAAACCUAAAAGCAAAGAAAAUUCAGUUCCCGCCCCCCCCCCCUCCGGGAACACACCGGCCACAGGGACGGUCCCCGUGUCACAUUCCCCCCCCGCCAUGUCCCCUCCUGUCACAGGGUCCCAGUGCGAGGUGGCACAAGGGUGACGCAGGUGAGGCGUCCCCUCCGUCGUGAUGUCACAAGGGGGCCAUGUGACAUCAGCGUGACGUGUCCUUUCUGUCACGGUAGCGCCGCGUCUCCGUGUGACAUCAGAGUGAUGUCGCAAGUCUCUGUCGUGGUGUCACAGCAUCCCUGUGUGAUGGGGCCCCUCCGUUGUGAUGUCACGGCGUCUCCGUGUGACAUCAGCGUGACGUGUCCCCUCCCUCGGGUGUCACGGCGUGUCCGUGUGACGUGGCCCCGCCGUCUUGCUGUGUCACAAGGUGAUGUGUCCCCUCUGCGUCCUCCUGCCCUGGUGUGUCCAUGUGACAUCGGUGUGACACGUCCCCUCCACCGCGGUGUCGCAGCACCGCCACGUGGCACGGCCCCUCCCUCAUGAUGUCACGGCGUCUCCGUGUGACAUCAGCGUGACGCGUCCCCUCCCUCGGGUGUCAUGGCGUGUCUGUGUGACGUGUCCCCUCCGUGUUGCUGUCACAAUGCAAUGUGUCCCCUCUGCGUCCUUGUGUCACAGGGUGACAUCGGUGUGACAUAUCCCCUCCGUCAUGAUGUCACUGUGUCUCUGUGUGACGUCAGCGUGACGCAGCCCCCUCCAUCGUGGUGUCACGGCACCGCCACAUGGCGCGGCCCCUCUAUCCUGAUGUCACGGCGUCUCCAUGUGACAUCGCUAUGAGAUGUUCCCUCCGUU